UUACAAUCACCACCGGUAAUUAAUUACAGAGAACAGUUCGCUAAUAUGUAAAAAUAAUGGAUUCCUUGAAAAUAAAUUCUAAGCCAUCACCUCCUUUUAUUGACUUUUUGCUGGUCUUGUGAAUACCAGCAUCUGGCACGUGACCCAGGGUGAACACCAAAUGAGAAAGUGGCGGCAGUUUCCAAGACCACAUCAUCAAUCUUCCAACUUCACCUCAUCAACAGCCAAAUCGUCAGCUACAGCAUGACAGAAGAACAAGAGCUUCUAGCAAAGAUUGGCCAGCUAGCUGGUCAAAUCAACCAACACAAGAAUCAACGUCAAUCAGGACCUCCCUCAAAUUAUCAUUCGCGCCAUCCUCGCGCAGGAUGGGCUCCUUACCGCGGACGAGGAGCUACGCGCCGUCCAGUGACUCAUAGGAACCGCACCUUGAUCCUCAACAAUACAACCGAUGCAUCGAAAACACCAACAUCUGAGACAGUCGACAACGCAACACCGCCAUCAGGGAGUGCAAAUGGAUGGGUUGCCAAACGAGACCGUCACAUGCAACUAAUCAACUCAUCCAUCUAUGACAAGGAAGCCCAAGCACGAACGAAAGCUAUUGCAGAAACCGAGAAGACGAAGCGUGAAAGGAGGGCGAAAGCUGAAGAGGCCAAGGUCAUGCGAUACGCGCAAGGAGUUCGCAAUGCACACGUUGCUUCUGUUCCAGGGCCGAAUGGCGUUGCAACUCAACCUUCGUUUUAUCAAAUUUACAUACAUGAUGCGCCUUUUCAAGUUGUACGGGGUGGAAGCAAAUUGAUCAGACAAAACAAUGACCCUAAAAACGCCAAUGCUACACCGAAAAAAGUGGUCGUUGGGGGGGUGACCUUUGUUCGCAGCAAGAAAGGUAACCUCCAUCGUUUGGGCGCCGUGGUGGCUAAGAGGAAACCGAGCAAAAUCAAGAAGAAAAAUGAACUGUGCAAGCGAUUCUCUCGAACGGGAUCAUGCUACAAAGGACCCGAUUGCCCAUAUAUUCACGACGCGAACAAAGUGUCAAUCUGCAAAGACUUUCUACAGACUGGUAAAUGCCCCUCAGGAGAUAGUUGUGAUCUCUCGCAUGAGCCGUCACCUCAUAGGUCCCCUGUUUGUGUCCAUUUCCUUCGAGGCCGCUGCUCAAAUCCUGAAUGUCGCUAUACGCAUGUUCGCGUCACGCCUGGCGCGCCAGUCUGCCGCGCGUUCGCAAUACUGGGUUACUGCGAAAAGGGCGCAGAAUGCACUGAUCGUCAUGUUUAUGAGUGCCCGGAUUAUGCCAACACAGGAAGUUGCAAGAAGAAGAAAUGCACCUUACCUCAUGUUGACCGUGCAGGUCAACUUAGAAAAACUAUUGCCAACAAGUCUGAAACAACACCUGGCGAAGACGAGGAGGAUGUCUCCAGCGAAGAAGAAGAGUACGAUGAAAUCGACUCGGAUGACGUUGAUUCUGAUGAGCUUAACUCGGAUGAGGAUGAGCCCAUGGUGGAGUUCGUCGAGGGUGGUACUGACGAUAAAGAACUUUCGGGGCAACAGGAUUUUGUCCAUUUUUGAUUCUGUCCUUUCUCACCCCCUCUGAAACUAACAUGUACAGUAUCAGGACUACAGAGGCGUAGAACAUUCACGUAUCAUGGGUCGGUACUCGGAAGUCCUCUUUGCAAUUACGCCUGGACUUCCAGUGGUUUAUACAUACAGUCAAUAUGAUAUGAUUGCAUUGCCUAUAAACUCGGCGUUACAAGCAUUCUUCCUUCGGUUAUUAUGUUAUCAGCAUCGCUAGGAUUUUUGAAUAAUCAGAUACCUCUUGACUUGCAUCUGGAUAGUGAAGGAAUUGUCUUUUAUUUAGUUCUUGAGGUGCCGUUCGAGCGUGGCGCGGGUUUUGUUUUUGUGUAUAAGUAGUUAGCUUUGAGGUCGAUGAAUUGAAUGGAGAUAUUCUUAUUGAGUUUGGU